GAGAUAAGCGACAACGACGAGACGGCGUCCUCCGCCGGCGAGAUGCAAGAUUCGGUCGUCACCUCUCCCAAGCGCAAGCGCAAGCAAGGCUUUGAGGACGUCGACGUCUGGGCGGACGAGCCUGAUGACCAGCGGGAGAAGUGGCUGCAGAGCAGGAAACCAAAACGGGCCAAAACGAGUAGGCUUACAAAGGGCAAGGGCAAGGGCAAGAGCAAUGGAAAGGAAAAGGAUAAGGACAAGAAUGACUCGAAGCCUGUCUCCUGUCCUAGCUUACAAGGCAUAACUAAGAGCGUCGAUGAAAGCGAUGGAGAGAAGGAGGCCGAAGAAGGCACCGACGAGGUCGACGUCCCUCCACACAUCCUCGAACGGCGCGCACACUUCGACGAGGACACAAAAGCACUCGGCCAGGCUGGCCUCAAGCUCCCCCCUGACUACGAAGGUGUAUACUUCUCGGACGAUGAGAGGGAUCCCAGGGAGCUUGAGGAACGACCAAAGCUCGAACACAUACAACCAUGCAGGCCGUACAGGGACAUUGUCCUGGAAUCUUCUGCUGGUUUCAUACCUGCGUCUAUUGCCCAAUACCUUCGCGAUUAUCAGGUUGAGGGCGUCAAGUUCUUGCAUGAACGUUUUGUCUACCAAAGAGGCGCAAUCCUCGGCGAUGACAUGGGGUUGGGCAAGACAGUCCAGGUUGCUGCAUUCCUGACCGCCGCCUUUGGCAAGACGGGCGAUGAGAGGGAUGCCAAGAGGUUGCGAAAGAUGAGAAGAGACCCAUCACGAUGGUACCCCCGAGUUCUGGUCGUUUGUCUUGGAUCUCUGAUUCCAAAUUGGAAGAGCGAACUCAAGCGUUGGGGCUGGUGGAGGAUAGAUGUUUACCAUGACAGCGGGAAGGAAGAUGCCUUGCGAGCAGCACGUGCUGGUGCAAUUGAGAUCAUGUUGACGACCUACACGACCUAUGCCAAGAAUGAGGACAAGGUAAACUCGGUCGAGUGGGAUGCCGUGAUUGCCGACGAGUGUCACUUGAUCAAGGACCGCCGUACUUCCACCACCAAGGCCAUGAACCGGAUCAACGCACUCUGCCGUAUCGGUCUCACAGGAACAGCCAUUCAGAACAAGUACGAAGAGUUUUGGACCCUUCUCAACUGGACCAAUCCCGGCCACUUUGGCAGCCUGCGUGAAUGGGAUCAUUCAAUCGUCAAGCCGCUCACGCGCGGACAAUCCCAUGACGCCACCUGGCAUCAGCUGAGCCUUGCAAGGAAGACAGCCAAGAAGCUUGUCCAAAACCUCUUACCUGAUUUCUUCCUACGCCGGAUGAAGGCGCUGAUCGCUCAUCAGCUGCCCAAAAAAACCGACCGUGUUAUCUUCUGUCCUCUUACGGACCUCCAGAAAGACGCUUACCAGCGGCUCCUCGAGGGUGAAGAGAUACAGACCAUCCUUUCGAGCAUGGAAGAGUGCACCUGUGGUUCAGGGAAGAAACAAGGCUGGUGUUGUGGCAAGUUGACUUCGGAUGGAAAGUAUUGGAUGGCAUUGGUCUUCCCAUGCAUACAGGCCUUGCAAAAGCUGUCGAACCACCUUACUCUCUUGAUUCCACCGAAUGAACAGACGGAUCUAGAGAAGAGAAAAGCAGCUAUCAAGCUGCUCAGGCGGUGCGCCCCAAAGCACUGGGAGACGCUGUACCAGCAGCGGAAUUCAAUUCAGGUCCUGUCGAAUCCUGUCUUCUGUGGCAAGUGGAAGAUACUGAAGGAGCUUCUUGGUCUCUGGUACAGCAACCAGGACAAGGUCCUUGUCUUCUCUCAUAGCGUGCGAUUACUGCACAUUCUCGAGACUCUAUUCAAGAGCACUAGCUAUACUGUUAGCUUUUUAAGCGGUCAGAUGUCCUAUGACGAUCGUCAGAAAGAGGUUGACGAUUUCAACUCCGACCCCAGCAAGUUUGUCUUCUUGAUCUCGACAAAGGCCGGAGGCGUGGGUCUCAAUAUCACAGCUGCCAACAAAGUCGUCAUUGUCGAUCCGCACUGGAACCCGGUUUAUGAUUUACAAGCCCAGGAUAGAGCAUACCGAAUUGGCCAGUUGCGGGAUGUCGAGGUCUACAGGCUGGUCUCUGCGGGUACAAUCGAGGAGAUUGUCUAUGCCCGACAAAUCUACAAGCAGCAGCAGGCCAACAUUGGCUACAAUGCCUCUAGCGAGCGCCGUUACUUCAAGGGCAUCCAGCAGGACAAAGAUCGAAAAGGCGAAUUGUUUGGCCUCAAGAAUCUCUUCAAUUUUCACAGCGACCAAGUCGUACUGCAAGGAAUCAUGAACCAGACCAAUAUUGCCGAGGCUCGAGUGAGUGUCCAAAUGGCAGACAUAGAUGUGGAGAAGGCUGAGCGGGACGAGGACUUCAAAGUCAUCAAGAAGGAAGACGCUGCAGAGGACGAUGGCGGAUGGGGUCAAUUUGCCGAGCUCAUCAAGGCUGAACACGGCGGAGGACCGAUUAAGAAGAAAGCGUUCGACAAGCCGAAAAGCGACGCUAUCCAGGCGAUUCUGGCGUCAGCUGGUGUGCAGUACACCCACGAGAACUCAGAGGUGAUCGGGUCAAGCAAGGUGGAAGCAAAGCUCUCACGGCGCGCAGAGCUAGCAGACGCCAUGGAUCUCGAUGAUCCCGAGGGCCAAAGCGCCCUAUUUGCGGAAGAGGGGCCGAACGAGGCGGUUGCUGGAACUGAAGCCGCCUCGUUUGCACCGAGAUUCAAACCACCAGAAGAUGUCAAGCUCAGGCAGUUCUGCUCGAUGGCAAAGGAAUUCGGGUUUGAAAGUGCCACAGCUUUCGCGUUGGUGGUGGAGCAGAUGACUCAGGAAAGGAGAAGAGAUGCUCUUGACUCCUUUUACAAGAAGCGUAUGUUACAACUGCUCGAGCAUGAGUUGAAGAAGGACGAAGACGCGGACGAG